UCGAAAAAUUGGAUUUGAAGACAGUCCACCUCAGGAAUUGACAGAAACACACGUUAAAUUUUGCUCCAGCUCUCAAAAUGGAAGUCAUCCUCCUUGGUCCAAACGUUCCCUUAAAAAUGUGUAUGUUACUGGCUAAGGAAAGACAAAUGAAAGUUCUGAAGUAUUACGAUCCUGAUUCGACUCACAAUAUUACGCUUAUCAUCACGUUCAUCGUACUGACCAUAUGUCAUUAUUUCGGAGCAAUUGGACUUAUUGCAGCUUACUGUUUGUCAUGUAUCAUUCGCUGGAGAAAAAACGAAAUAGUCGAUGGUGACAAAUUUAUCGAUGAAUAUCUGUCAAACGAUAAAAGAUUGGAGUUAGCAAACAAAGUUUAUAUGAAACCUGUACCAAGAGGCAGCGCAGAAGAUAAUUUUGCCGCCCUAUCACAAGCCGACAAAAGAGAACUAUCGAUAUUAAUCAAGGAAUUCCUCAAACGAAAUGUAUGGAACGUUUUGAUCCUAGAACAGAUUCAAUUUCCUGAGAAAUGGGAAAAAGAUUUAAUAAAAAAAAAGACUGAAUCGAUCUGAAUUUUGAAAUAUAAAUGUUUGUCAAUUUAUCUGUUUAAUCGAUUCCAAAAGAAGAUACGAUGGAAUUUAAAUUUUUUUGUGAAGUACUUCCUUUAGAUUUUUAAUUAAAAUUUGAUCCGCAAUAUUAUCACGAA